AUGUCACACUCGGGAUCUCCAAUCCAGGAGUUGCAAACUGCGGAUAACGAGUUCCUUCACCUUAUCAAAAUUGAUAUUCCCCGCACCUUUCCAGAAGAUCCAAGCUUUGAUGCAGAACAGCAAAAGUGCCUCUUUCGCAUCUUGAAAGCCUAUGCGAAUCUGUGUCCAGACGUUGGAUACUGUCAGGGGAUGAACUUUAUCGUUGGGCUCCUCCUACUGGUAGUCCAAGGUGGAAUUUUCGGACAAACGCUGUCUCCGGAGACCGAAGAGGAAACUUUUUGGAUGUUCUUCAGUUUGAUGGAGUGUAGUCAUUUGAACGGCUUCUACCGCCGGCAGUUUCCGCUGCUGCAGCGGUACCUGUGGGCCUUUGAAGAGCUGAUUUCUUCAACGCUGCCGGAAUUGCAGCAGCACUUUUGCAAGGAAAACCUGCAGCAUACCGUUUACUUGCACCAGUGGUUCUUGACAUUAUUUAUCAGCAGCCUGCCCCUUCCCAUGGUCCUUGUUUUUUGGGAUGCCAUAAUUUGCGGAGGGCUUCAGGAGAUCUUGCCAAUAUCGUUGUCAGUCCUGCAGCUGCUAAAAGCAACGCUGCUCAAGAUGAAGUUUGAAGAAAUCGUCAGCUUCUUCAAGACAAUGAGAAGCCAGCAACAGGAGGAUUGUGAUUUCGAGAGCAUAGCCCGCAUUGCUGUGCUGGGCAGUGAUAGCAUUAGUAUCCCAGACCACAUCCUAGAGGUACUCCGCCGGCCACUGCCGUUGAGAACGGAUGACUUGAUGGUUCCCAAGAUGCAGCAAGCUGCGGUUUUUUCGUACAUUUGGAAGCUUCACACACCUGAACAGUGCCAUGAAAAGAUUGAAAAGGUGAGUGAUGUGAGUGUCAGAUGGUGUUAA